CCCUCGGUCUUCUCCCUCCUCAGGGCAGGCAGGGGAAGCAGAAGAAGGAAGCGAGAGCACGGAGCCUGAUUUGGUUUGCUUUUUGUUGCCCAGACUCGGAGGGAGUUGGUGCCUCUGUGUCUCUGUGUGUGUGGAGAUGGACCCCAAGUUCCCCCCACCCCCACCGCUAAACAAAACGGAGCCCACCACCGCGACGACCACCACCACCUCGACCGCGCAGCAGCAGCAGCAGCAGCUGGAUCCUAAGGACUACCAGCAGCAGCAGCAGCAGCCGGCGCAGCACCUGCAAAUCCAAAUCCACCAGUCGCAGCAGGACGGAGGCGGCGGAGGGAAGGAGCAGCAGCAGCUGCAGGUGGUGGCGCAGCCCGGGGAGAGGAGGCAGCAGGCGCUCGCGCCCAAGCGGAGCUCCAACAAGGACCGACACACCAAGGUCGACGGCAGGGGCCGGCGGAUCCGGAUGCCCGCGCUCUGCGCCGCGCGGAUCUUCCAGCUCACGCGGGAACUCGGCCACAAGUCCGACGGCGAGACCGUCCAGUGGCUGCUGCAGCAGGCCGAGCCGGCCAUCGUCGCCGCCACCGGCACGGGCACCAUACCGGCGUCCGCGCUCGCCUCCGUCGCGCCCUCGCUCCCGUCGCCCACCUCCGGGCUCGCCAGGCCGCACCACCACAUGUGGGCGCCGUCCGCCGGCUUCUCCUCGCCCUCCUUCCUGAACUCUGCCGCCGCGGGCACGGGCGAUGCCGCCGGUAUCAUGCAGCGGAUGGGGAUCCCCGCGGGCUUCGAGCUGCCGGGAGCCUCCGCCGCCGGAGCCACCCUCGGCGCCGGCGGCCACAUCGGCUUUGCGCCCAUGUUCGCUGGACACGCCGCCGCCAUGCCGGGGCUCGAGCUCGGGCUAUCGCAGGACGGCCACAUCGGCGUGCUCGCCGCGCAGUCGAUCAGCCAGUUCUACCACCAGGUGGGUGCUGCCGCCGGCGGCGGCGGCCAGAUGCAUCACGCGCACGGGCACCAUCAUCACCAUCACCAGCAGCAGGAGGACGGGGAGGACGACCGCGAGGACGGCGAGUCCGAUGACGAGUCUGGGCAGUAGUAGUGUAACCGUUCAACCUUUUGCGUUGCUGAAUCUUCCCUCAAGUUGGAAGGAGAGAAAAGUGUAUGCGUGCAGCCACGGGAUGCUUCUGCUACUCUUGGACUGUUGUUGGUCGAGUUCUGAUGGAUUUUUGUGUUCAUUUUUUUCUCGUGUGGUAUCCAAACUCAACGGAGGCCUCUCUUGCUGUGAGGACUUGCGGAUUCGAGAUCAUCCUCAGUUCUUCCUACAAUCUCAUGGAGUGGAUGAUCGCCACAGCCUUCUCUCCGACUUCCAGGUGUAUACUAGCUGAGAAAAUGAUGGAUUGGAUCGAUCACCCUUGAGUGAGUGCCUUAUUUGUUAUUGCAGUGUGUAGAUAUUCAGGUAAUUUUGCAGUUAGAGAGGUGUUCUUUUUAUUGUAGUAGUGAUCCACGUUUUAAAACAAUCAAGGUAUUCUCCUCCACAGGCUGUCUAUGCAAUGCAAGUAUAGUACAAUUCUAGUUCAUGAC